UCGACGUGUUUCGGUCGUUACACCGCUGUUCGGAUGUCCAGCCACAAUAAUUGCUGCAUAGUUGGAUGCAACGCGACUUAUGCGAACUCUCCAGGUGUGAAAUUUUACAGUUUUCCCUGGAAAAGUUACGAAAAGGAACGACGCGCCAUAUGGGUGCAACUUGUUCGCCGGCUGACUGCAUCCGGCAAGCCGUGGGUGCCUACCAAGCACUCUCGAAUAUGCAGCAAGCACUUCGUUGGCAAUGCAAAGUCCGACAAUGCUACACACCCUGCCUACAACCCGUCAAUCUUCCCCGAAGCGUACAGGAAGCGACAGAUACGUACCACCGAUCGCUACGAAAGGUCAAAACGGCGCAGAGACUGGGUUGCCUGUAACGUUCUAUCUGCUGCACCGGGACCUGACAACAAUGACAACUGUGAGCCCAUCGCUUCUGACACUGAAGAUCUCGCAGUAGUGGAAGAUUAUGCAGGAUGUGGCAUGCAUGAAGACGAACCACCAACAAAGGAGGCCUUUACAAUGACGGAUGAGUCAGUCGAAAGCUCGAGGCUCUUAACUUUCUACUGCACUCGCAACGGUGAUGACAUGGGAGUUCAAGUCAGCAGCAUUCCAACAGUUGACUGUGGCACCUUAUGCCCAAAGGCAGUGCACGAGACACGGAGUGCUGGUCCAGCCUACAAGGAAACUUACUUCGGUGGCUAUAAAAGCAUUGUGGAUAAUGAGCAGCGGCUGUUGGAUUUAACUGGUGUGACAUUAGUGGUCCUCUCCCUUCUGCAAAGCCUCCUCCCAGAGAAAGGUCGCCAUGCCCAAGAGCUGCACAUUAACGACAAGCUCCUCCUUUUCCUGAUGAAGCUGAAGCAUGGCUUGCCCUUCUCAUGUCUGGGCGCUCUAUUUGGUGUCCAUCGAACAACUGCUGCUAAGGCUUUCAAGGCUGUCCUUUUUCACCUCUGUGCCACUACAAAGUCAUGGCUUUUCUGGCCCAGCAGAGCUGCAAUCAAAGCAACUAUGCCACCAAGCUUUCGUCAUCUAUACCCGGACUGUCGACUGAUUAUUGAUUGCACAGAGUUGAAAGCAGAAAUGCCAGACGGGGUCAGAGCACAGAACAUGUGGUACUCUCACUACAAGGGCACAUAUACUAUUAAGUAUCUCAUUGGAAUAGCACCAAAUGGACUAGUGACAUUUCUUUCACCAGGCUUUGGUGGAAGAGCCAGUGACCCAAGUGUAACUGUAGAGUCAGGGCUUCUGCCGCGGCUAGAGCCAGGGGACCUUGUGCUCGCUGAUAAAGGCUUUCCUGGAAUCCGGACAGGUGUCGGGCAACAAAAAGCUACCCUAGUAAUGCCUCCAUUUGCAACCAAACCUCAGUUUACCGAGGCUGAGGUUGAUGCAACCUACGAGACAGCGGCUGUACGCAUACACGUUGAGAGGGUAAUCCAAAGGCUACGGAUCUUCGACAUUUUAAACAGGAGGAUACCACAUGACCUCACAGAAUACAUGGACAAAAUAAUGCACAUCAUAUGUGUCUUAACAAACUUGAGACCUGGCAUAUUUCAAAAUAGUAGUGAAGCUGUGGGUUCACCAAUGGUCCAGGCUUCUGUGCCAGUAGCGUAGAUGUUUUGCAACAAGCCCAUGAACAAGACUAGCCCAAAUG